CAGUUACUCACCAGUCAGAAGACACUCCAGAUAGACAGUGGUUUUAUUGUUUUAAUGCCGGUGAGGCUUUUCCGGUUCCGAUCAUUUUCCGGCCGUCUAAGUUAACUAAUGGCGGCUCCUUCCACAGGUUCUGAUGAGAUGCCAAAAGGAGACAAACUUGUCUUAAGGGGUUUAAAAUUCUAUGGAUACCAUGGGGUGAAGCCUGAAGAAAGGACUCUGGGUCAAAAGUUUGUAGUGGAUGUGGAUGCCUGGAUGGACCUUCGAGCUGCUGGUAAAUCUGACCAGUUAUCAGACACACUUAGUUACACUGAUAUUUACAGCAUAGUAAAAGAGGUCGUGGAGGGAUCACCACAUAAUCUUCUUGAAUCUGUGGCUGAACAGAUUUCAUCUACAACCCUGAGCAAAUACCACCAGGUAAAUGCUGUGCGUGUUCAUGUUGGAAAGCCACAUGUUUCAAUCAAAGGACCACUCGACUACUUGGGUGUUGAGAUCAUUAGAUACCGAAGCAUUGACAUAUAAAUCCACCGAGGCUAAUAUUCUGCUGGUCGAUCCUUCACCGAAAUCUAUGCAAUGUGUGUUUUUCUUGUAUUAUAAAUAAAACUCUUCAUAACCUCGUAUUGAUGAAACUUUAAGUUUAAAUUGAUUGAUCGUGUUAAGUUUGCUUUUUGA